AUGUCAUGGGGUCAGACCUACGUCAUGUUGUGGGGUCAGACAAAUGUCAUGUUAUGGGGUCAGACAAAUGUCAUUUUAUGCAGUAAGAAAAACUUCAUGUUAUGGGGUCAGACCUACGUCAUGUUAUGGGGUCAGACAAACGUCAUGUUAUGGGGUCAGAAAAACAUCAUGUUAUGGGGUCAGACAAACGUCAUGUUAUGGAGUCCGACAAACGUCAUGUUAUGGGGUCAGACAAAUGUCAUUUUAUGGAGUAAGAUAAACUUCAUGUUAUGGGGUCAGAAAAACAUAAUGUUAUGGGGUCAGACAAACGUCAUGUUAUGGUGUCAGAUAAACGUCAUGUUAUGGCGUCAGACAAACGUCAUGUUAUGGGGUCAGACAAACGUCAUGUUAUGGGGUCAGACAAAUGUCAUGUUAUGGGGUCAGAUCUACGUCAUGUUAUGGGGUCAAACAAACGUCAUGUUAUGGGGUCAGACAAACGUCAUGUUAUGGGGUCAGACAAACGUCAUGUUAUGGGGUCAGACAAACGUCAUGUUAUGGGGUCAGACAAAUGUCAUGUUAUGGGGUCAGACAAACGUCAUGUUAUGGGGUCAGACAAAUGUCAUGUUAUGGGGUCAGACAAACGUCAUGUUAUGGGGUCAGACAAAUGUCAUGUUAUGGGGUCAGAUCUACGUCAUGUUAUGGGGUCAGACAAACGUCAUGUUAUGGGGUCAGACAAACGUCAUGUUAUGGGGUCAGACAAACGUCAUGCUAUGGUCUCAGACAAAUGUCAUGUUAUGGGGUCAGACAAACGUCAUGUUAUGGGGUCAGACAAAUGUCAUGUUAUGGGGUCAGACAAACGUCAUGUUAUGGUGUCAGAUAAACGUCAUGUUAUGGCGUCAGACAAACGUCAUGUUAUGGGGUCAGACAAACGUCAUGUUAUGGGGUCAGACAAAUGUCAUGUUAUGGGGUCAGAUCUACGUCAUGUUAUGGGGUCAGACAAACGUCAUGUUAUGGGGUCAGACAAACGUCAUGCUAUGGUCUCAGACAAAUGUCAUGUUAUGGGGUCAGACAAACGUCAUGUUAUGGGGUCAGACAAAUGUCAUGUUAUGGGGUCAGACAAACUUAAUGUUAUGGGGUCAGACAAACGUCAUGUUAUGGUGUCAGAUAAACGUCAUGUUAUGGGGUCAGACAAAUGUCAUGUUAUGGGGUCAGACAAACGUCAUGUUAUGGGGUCAGACAAACGUCAUGUUAUGGGGUCAGACAAACGUCAUGUUAUGGGGUCAGACAAACGUCAUGUUAUGGGGUCAGACAAAUGUCAUGUUAUGGGGUCAGACAAAUGUCAUGUUAUGGGGUCAGACAAACGUCAUGUUAUGGGGUCAGACAAACGUAUAUAA